AAUCGUCUGUACAACACCCGGCUUUACCCAGCAGUUUUCAGUUUUGUAUAAUACACAGAACAUAUUUCAACUCCCAGUGCCGUGUCAGUUGUCUUGUGAUCUUCGGACCUUCUACAGAACAGAAACUGAAAAGUACAAGCUCUUCGAAGAUUAACAGCUGAUUUUUUGGAACUGACAGAUAAUGGCCGUGGCUAAACCUCUCCUCAUCCCAUGGCUACGAGAGCAGAUCAACAGCGGGCGUUACCCAGGAGUGCACUGGACCAACGAGGAGAGGACAGAGUUCUCCGUCCCCUGGAAGCACGCUCUGAGGCAGGACAGAAACAGAGAUGACGUCCUUAUUUUUAGGGCGUGGGCAGAGACGGGGUUGGGCAGGCAGCCGGACGGCAGUGUCACAGGAGACCCGUCAGUGUGGAAGAGAAACUUCAGAAGUGCCCUGAGGGCGCGUAAGUUCACCAUGUUGGAUGACAACAAGAACGACUCCGCCAAUCCACACAAGCUCUUCCGCUUCCCCGAUCCCAAAGACGAAUCCCAGUCUGGAGCAUCCUGUGAACCAUCGCCUGUGACGGACAGUCCAAUUGAUCCAAUUGAAAUGGCUCCUUUGUCUGUAUUGGAGAACAUCUACUUAGAUGAGGACAUCUACCAGAAUGAAAUCAGUCAUGAUAUUUUGCCACAGUGUAUGGAUGGACUAAACCUACACCAAACAGCAGCAGAAUGCAUUGUGCCGGGAGCCGAGAUGGGCGGAGUUGUGUUUGUGGAGGCGUUCCCCAUCCAGGAGACUAUGGGAGUGCUCCACCAACCACUGGGCUUUGCAGAAGAGGUUGUCCAAUCAGCAGCCAGCGUUGAGCAGGUCCAGGCGGCGGGCGUCCAAUCAGGGGGGCAGACAGCAGAAGGCCAGGCCACCAAGACCUUUUUUAAUGUGGUGGUCCACUACGGAGGCAGAAAGGUGUGGGAGCAGCUUGUAACCAAUGAGAAUGGGUUCAGGUUGGCCUACAGUCAACCAGAUUGCGAUGCGGCUCUCGACACCGUCCUCCUCCCACCUCCGGACAACAUUCUUGACCACAGGAGGAGAGAGAAGACGGCAGAGAUUCUCGACAGCGUUGGAGGGGGUCUGGAGAUAAUAACACUCGACCAUAUAGUGUACGGCAGUCGGCAUGGCGACACCAAAGUGUUCUGGAGUGCAGACAAGCAUGAGCGUAGCGGAGUACCAAGAGAGCUGUCCAAACAACAGCUGGAGCCCAUCUUUUCCUUCAAAAGCUACAUCGAAGCCCUCAUCAGUUUCAUGAAUAAGGAAGAAGGGUCAAAGUGCCCUCACACAUCCCUCUUCUUCUGUCUUGGGGAGAAGUGGCCUGACCCUAAGCACAAGCCAUGGGACAACAAACUCGUAUUCGUGGAGGUAAACUUUGUUGCCAUGGAGAAAUUGAAAACUAUGGCACUGGAUGGUGGGGCUACCUCUAUGCAGUCAUCGGUGGAGCUACAGAUCUCUCUGGAACAGAUGAUGAUGGACAUGUCUUAGCGAGGGACGUCGUGGUGUUCAGGGGCUCAGUGAGGACACAUGUGAACUUCGAUUUUUUGGAAGUGCACCAAACUCCAGUUUUUAAAAUUAUUUUUUUUAAAGUUCUUUGCUUGUGAUAAACUGAAUCAGUAAAUUUGUUGUAGAUUAUC